AUGGCUUCCAGCUCCAGCUCCAGCCAAAGCCAACUGCUCUAUGCCUGUAUUGCCCAUGGAACCACGAUAUUGACUGAACAUACCUCCCCAGGCACCUCGUCCUCGUCCGCAUCGUCUCUUGCGUCUGUCAUUCUUCCCAAGAUCUCUCACUCCAGCCCAGCGAAACUCACAUACACGCAUGAUCGUUUGUUUGUUCACUACAUAGCCGAUUCUCCCUCUUCUACAUCAAACAGCCCGGAUGAGCAACUAUCCAGCCAUGCCGCGCUCACUUACCUUGUGGUGGCCCAGACCGAACUGGGCCGUCGAAUUCCCUUUGCGUUUCUGUUAGAACUCAAGAAGAAAUUCCUGGCACAAUACAACCCCGAGUCCACCGAUUUCCAAUCCUUGCCGGCAUACGGCUCCGCAGCAUUCAAUACAACGCUCAAAGGCAUGCUACAACAGUAUAAUACUGCACCGCCAAACGAUGCAUUGGCAAAUGCACGUAAGGAGAUCGACAGUGUCAAGGACAUCAUGACGGAAAAUAUCGAGUGGGUGCUUGAAAGAGGCGAGAGAAUUGAUUUACUGGUCGACAAGACAGACCGUCUGGGUGGCAGCGCACGAGAUUUCCGUGUAAGAAGCCGAGGAUUGAGACGGCAGAUGUGGUGGAAGAAUGUCAGAGUGAUGGUACUGCUGGUGGUUGUGGUUUUGUUUCUGAUCUACCUCUUCGUUGGCUUCGGGUGUGGCCUGCCGGCUUGGGGGAGGUGUGUGGGUUGA